AUGGAGCUGCGGCAAGGUAAGAUUCAACCUCAUCACCCUUCCAACUACCUUCUUCAUUGCUCCUUCUUAACCAGUGACCUAUAUCACUCGCCACUCUCAUUGCUCUCUCCUUUUGUCUCAUUGCUCUCUCCUUUUGUCUCAUUGCUCUCUCCUUUUGUCUCAUUGCUCUCUCCUUUUGUCUCAUUGCUCUCUCCUUUUGUCUCAUUGCUCUCUCCUUUUGUCUCAUUGCUCUCUCCUUUUGUCUCAUUGCUCUCUCCUUUUGUCUCAUUGCUCUCUCCUUUUGUCUCAUUGCUCUCUCCUUUUGUCUCAUUGCUCUCUCCUUUUGUCUCAUUGCUCUCUCCUUUUGUCUCAUUGCUCUCUCCUUUUGUCUCAUUGCUCUCUCCUUUUGUCUCAUUGCUCUCUCCUUUUGUCUCAUUGCUCUCUCCUUUUGUCUCAUUGCUCUCUCCUUUUGUCUCAUUGCUCUCUCCUUUUGUCUCAUUGCUCUCUCCUUUUGUCUCAUUGCUCUCUCCUUUUGUCUCAUUGCUCUCUCCUUUUGUCUCAUUGCUCUCUCCUUUUGUCUCAUUGCUCUCUCCUUUUGUCUCAUUGCUCUCUCCUUUUGUCUCAUUGCUCUCUCCUUUUGUCUCAUUGCUCUCUCCUUUUGUCUCAUUGCUCUCUCCUUUUGUCUCAUUGCUCUCUCCUUUUGUCUCAUUGCUCUCUCCUUUUGUCUCAUUGCUCUCUCCUUUUGUCUCAUUGCUCUCUCCUUUUGUCUCAUUGCUCUCUCCUUUUGUCUCAUUGCUCUCUCCUUUUGUCUCAUUGCUCUCUCCUUUUGUCUCAUUGCUCUCUCCUUUUGUCUCAUUGCUCUCUCCUUUUGUCUCAUUGCUCUCUCCUUUUGUCUCAUUGCUCUCUCCUUUUGUCUCAUUGCUCUCUCCUUUUGUCUCAUUGCUCUCUCCUUUUGUCUCAUUGCUCUCUCCUUUUGUCUCAUUGCUCUCUCCUUUUGUCUCAUUGCUCUCUCCUUUUGUCUCAUUGCUCUCUCCUUUUGUCUCAUUGCUCUCUCCUUUUGUCUCAUUGCUCUCUCCUUUUGUCUCAUUGCUCUCUCCUUUUGUCUCAUUGCUCUCUCCUUUUGUCUCAUUGCUCUCUCCUUUUGUCUCAUUGCUCUCUCCUUUUGUCUCAUUGCUCUCUCCUUUUGUCUCAUUGCUCUCUCCUUUUGUCUCAUUGCUCUCUCCUUUUGUCUCAUUGCUCUCUCCUUUUGUCUCAUUGCUCUCUCCUUUUGUCUCAUUGCUCUCUCCUUUUGUCUCAUUGCUCUCUCCUUUUGUCUCAUUGCUCUCUCCUUUUGUCUCAUUGCUCUCUCCUUUUGUCUCAUUGCUCUCUCCUUUUGUCUCAUUGCUCUCUCCUUUUGUCUCAUUGCUCUCUCCUUUUGUCUCAUUGCUCUCUCCUUUUGUCUCAUUGCUCUCUCCUUUUGUCUCAUUGCUCUCUCCUUUUGUCUCAUUGCUCAUGGCAGGGCGCUGCAGUGUGCAUCUCUCCCCACUCGCCCUUGCUAGCUUGUCCAUGCUCGUUGCUUCUCCCUUCCCUCCCCUGCAUCCCCCCAACCCACCCGCACCCCUCACAUACCCCCUCCGCUGA